ACAUAUUACAUGCACUCAGUUCAUAACUAUAUUAGUAUUGUGCACUCUGAUUCUAAAUUUUGAAUCCGUUUUAUGUGUAAAAGUUGCAUUUCGCUUUAGCAUUCAUUAGUUUCAAAUUCUUAAUCUGCUCUGUAUAGCAAAAAUUUCAUUCGAUUCUGCACUCGUUUCAAAAAUUUCAUUCGACUGAGAGAGAGAGAGAGAGAGUUUGUAGUGAUGGAAGAAGGUGAGAGUUCGGUGGGAGAUUUCGUGUCUGCGAUGAAAUCGGAGAAUUUAAGUUCCGGCGAAUUAGCGCCAGGGGCGGCGGCGGUGAAAUCGGAGCAAUUGUUAGCUUUGCCACCUCCAUUGCCGGCGACGGUGGAGAAGGAAGAGGACAAAGAGAUGAUGUGUCCAAUUUGCAUGCAAAUUAUGAAUGACGUGUUCCUCACGGCGUGUGGACAUAGCUUCUGCUACAUGUGCAUUGUCACUCAUUUACAGAACAAAAGAGCUUGUCCCUGUUGUUCUGUUUGCUUAACUGUUAAGCAGCUUUAUCCUAAUUUCCUCCUCAAUAAGUUAUUGAUGAAGACCUCUGCUCUCCAAAUAGCCAGAAGGGCCACGCCUUUGGAACAACUUUCUCAAGCAAUACAGCAGGGAAGCGAGGUGUCUGUUAAAGAGCUUGAAAGCCUCUUAUCACUUCUUAUGGACAAGAAAAGGAAAAUGGAGCAAGAAGAAGCUGAAUCAAGUCUCCGGAUUAUGCUUGAGUUUCUCCAGUUUUUGAGGAAGCGAAAGGUUGAAGAGCUUAAUGAGGUUGAAAAUGAUCUCCAGUUCAUUAAAGAAGAUAUAAGUACUGUGGAGAAACAUAGAGUGGAAUUGUAUAGGGCAAGGCAUAGAUAUGCAGCAAAGAUGAGAAUGCUAGUAAAUUAUUCUUCUGCGGUGACAGUUCCGCCUUCAUUGAUAGAUAAGCAAGGUAGUGGCAUUGUUUCUGGUUCCUCAAUUUCACAGCAACAAGGAUAUGCUGCUUCAGACACUUCACAGAACAGGAAAGCAGAUGCAAGAGCUCCAGAGAAUGUUCACAGGACAGAUUCCGACUCGCAGAAUUCUGAUCAAUCUGGACUUGCGACAGCAAGAAAGAGACAUAUCUAUGCACAGCUCGAUGAUAUACAAGGUUAUUAUUUGCAAAAGCGGCGACACUGCACAAAACAGUCACAUAGACAGGAAGAAAGGGUAGCAAACGUCAUAAACAGAGAAGGUUAUUGUGCAGAACUUGAGGAUUUUCAAUCUGUUCUAUCUACCUUUACGCAAUACAGUCGGUUGCGGGUUGUUGCUGAACUUAGGCCUGUCGAUCUUUUCCACUCAGCUAAUGUUGUCUCAAGGUAAAGAGCUUAUUGCAUGUAGAAAGAUUCCAUGAGCUAGAGGAGUUCUAAUAAGUACUGAAGGCAAGAAUGUAGCUCCCUCCAAGAGGCCAAUUUUUAAAGUUAUAAAAUUUAAAUGAUGAUCUAUGUUGCUCGGACUCUCCGAAAAUAUGGCCGGAUACGUGUCAGAUCCUCCAAAAGUAGUGCAUUUUUGAAGGAUCCGACACGGAUGCGCUACAUUUUGUAGAGUUCACGCAACAUAGAUGAUGAUGCCAGUCUGUUGAUGUGUUACCACUA